AGAAAAGUAAGCAACAUGAUGUUGAGGAGUGCGUCUCCAUCGAGAAGGAAUCUACAGGAAUCACCAACAAUCUCUCGUUGAAUUCUUUUAAUCUGUUUGACAUCUAGAAGGCUUUCAUUCUUCUUCAUCAUGAAUAUCGUGGCCAAACUAAUUGCUUGCUUCAUUGUGCUUUGGAUGUGCCGCAACUCUGAGGAGUUUAUAAAGAUCAAGGAUAGUACGGUGGAUCUUUUCUAUGGUCCAACGUCCCAGAAUAUACAUUGGAGUCCCCUGUAAUAAAAGGCCAAUCCCGGAACAAAAUCGUAUUUUAUCUAAAAAAUUGACAGGAACCAAACUAGCACACAUCACUAAUUCCACUGCCCAUGGGUACUUGUGUACGAAAGCUGUGUGGACCGUUACAUGCUCGGAGGGGUUCUUUGGAAGUAGAACCUUAACGCACAAGAUUCACCCUACCCUUCCAUCUCUAAGUGAAUGUCAAGAUGCCGUACGCUUAUACAAAACAAAUCAUCAUUCUGGCAUUGGUUUCCCUGUGGAACGAUGCGGUUGGUUGUCCGAAUACAGUUUGCUUAAGAGUCCGGAAAAUGCUUUGGUAGGGUCAAAUCCAGACGUCAUAGGAUAUGACACAGUGUUCCAUAAACCAAUAGUCUGGAAAUACUGGACUCAGACCAAUAACACUGUGCGUGAUGGGCGAAAUGGUAUCACAUCCGUUGGUCGGUACCUUAUCAAUCCCCUUGUAUCGUUAACAAGUCCGCGCCUCUAUAGGCAUAUCCUAGAACUGGACUUCGAUUCUCCCAUUUAUCACCCCAAUAUAUACGAGGGUCCAAUGGGGCACACGCUAGAUAUUGAAUUCGAUCCAAAGAACAGUCUGUAGUGCAAAAGACGAGCCAAUUCCAUGCUCACGAAAUACGUGCUAUCGUUCGCAUCUCAACGCUUACGUUUGCAAAUCGAUUGCGAAUCGAUUGCAACACUGUAACGUUCGCCAAAUCAAUAUGAGCGUACGACGGUUCGAUCGAUGUGUCAUCUGCUGACCUAAGCAAUAAGUCACUCCAGGAACCUUCCAUAGGUUCUAUGUAAGAUAUGCUUAAUAUGCUUUUUGGCGGUCUGGCUCGCCCUAUAAAAACGGGCCUGUCCAGCCCGAAUAAAUGAGUUAAUCCGGGUCUUCGGACCAAACACAUCCACUAGUAAUUUACUCUGGAAUAUCACAGAACCCAGUAGUGAGACUAAGAAGGUUAUUACAGUGAUAAGCAAUUAUUACACGAAGUUCCAUAAUCUUUCCAUUAUGAAUAGCCAGGUCCAAGAUAUUCUCGACAGAAUAUCAGCACUCGAAAAUGCUGGUCAAAGCGGCAAUCUCUUAAACCGAAUUCAAAAUCUUGAAACAAACGUCGCGAACAGAAACCAAAAUUUAUUUUUCGAGGAGCUUUCUGAUCCAUCAUUGACUCUAAUCAAUCCUAAUGGAAUACCAGUUUCCAUCGAAUUUAUUGAAAAAAACCGGACCAAGUUAGAGAUCUUCCAUCAUUUUCAGCAGAUCCAAACGAGGUUAGUACUUGGAUCACUGACGUCGAGGAUAUCAUUAAUGCUUAUAAACCUCAUGCAAAUAAUUCUAUAGAUGAAACAAAUAAAUUCUACAUCAUCUGUAAGACUAUACGACAAAGAAUUAAAGAAGAGACAAAUGACGCAUUAGUAUCAUCGAACGUGAACAUAAAUUGGAUAGCGAUAAAAAGACACUACUAACGUACUACGGAGAAAAAAGGGACAUCACAUCAUUAGAUUAUCAAAUGAUGAGCAGCCAUCAACGGGGUAAGUCAUUAGAGGAUUACUCUUAUGAGAUAAAUAAAUAUUUAUCUUUGAUAGUAAAUCAAAUAAAAACUAGUGAUAAGAUCACACACCCGGAAGCGGUUAAGGCUUCAAUAGAGACGUACAACGAAAAAGCUUUAGACGCUUUUAUGAGAGGAUUGGACGGAGAUCUUCUUUCUGAAAAAUUAUAAACCCAAAUCACUUGCCCAAGCCUAUGCAUAUUGUAUUAGUUUUCAGAAUGAUGAACUCCGUAAAAAGAUGACAAAACGAAAUUACAGGAUACACCACAAGGACCACGGAACUUAAUACCCAACCUAUUUAAUAAAAUGCCACCAAAAUUACCACCCAAACCACAGAUAAAUAGAUAUUUUGAUCCAUACAGGAACAAUUAUCCCCAACAAUUUAGGCAACCACCACCUAUUCCAUACAGGCAACCUCAACAAAUUCCUUUCAGGCAACCUCAAGCAAUCGGACAACCUCCAGCAAUUCUUUUCAGGCCUCAACAACGUAACCCUUUCAGACAGGAUAAACCGGAACCAAUGGAAGUCGACGCAUCGAUAAGAUCAAGGCAGGUAAAUCAUGGAAAUCGACCAAAUUCAAACCAACAUCUAUCCCCACAAAAAAGGCAAAGAGUCUUCUUUACACAAGGAGAGCCUGAUGAAGACGUCGAAACCAAUCAAGAAACUGAACCUCAAUACAUAUUUUCGAUGACGAUGAGGGUAUGAAUUUCGAGCGAUACCUCGGAGAUUACUCUACUCAAGAACAAGAAAUGGAAGAUUAUGAAGCUGCGGAACUUAUUUUUUUAGGGUAGACUCCAGUUUACUUUACUUCAUUUAUUAUGGUAAGGCUAAGAAACCACUUAAGAUAUUAGUAGACACCGGAUUCAAUAAAAACUUUAUUCAUCCAAAGUUUACUAAUCUCUAUCAUAAGAAUAAACCUUUUAUAGUUUCCUCAGUAGGCGGCGAAAUCAAAAUAGAUCGCUACUCGCAAGGAAAUUUUUUCAAACCUUUUUCUGACAUUAACGCCAAAUUUUAUCACAUGAAACAAUUGAAAACUUUUGAUGCAAUUGUUGGCCAUGACACUUAAAAAGAAUUAGGAGCAAUUAUUAAUGUUCCUAAGGAAGUAAUUAUUUCCCCAGACAAAACUGAGAUUCCACUUCAACAAUAUAAAGUUCAACAAAUUAAUAAGAUACAAAUAAGAGACGAACAAUUGUUGAAAAACUUAAACAGGAAGUAAAAAAAAAAACAAAUCAAUAAAUUAUUGAAAGAUGGAAUCAUAAGACCUUCACAUUCACCCUACAACUCACCAUUUUGGAUGGUUCCAAAGAAACUAGAUGUUGGCGAUACCCUACAAAGUGGCAAUGACAAGAGAAGAAGAUCUAGCUGAGGUAUGAUUUGGAUCGCAAAUGGCCUCCUCAAAGAUCGAAUUGACGAGCACACACUAACGAGGCUCGAAGAUAAGUUGGAUUUACAGACAAUUGACAAUUGGGAUGACUUCAUGGGGAGGUGUGGAAUGUCUAUCGACACAUUCCACAAUGCAGGCCUCUUCUCAGAGAUUAUCAGGGUCGAUAGGCAUGAAUGUGACACGAUGCACAAGAAAAAGACAUUCCGCAUAGUAAAGGAAGGAGCGCUCAGUGACAUUCAGCUGAGUCAGGAUGGGCAAACGAGAUAUUCCUAUGUAAGCCGGGGAUCUGUAACACCGGAUGGUUCAUGUACUCCUGGUGCGACCCUGGUUAGGAACGGUAGGGAGUACGAUCGUCCACUCAUUAACACUGAGCUCACCAUUACUAUAUCUUCCGGACUCUCGAUCGUAUCUCUAGAAGAGAGCCUCAUCAAAUUCCCCAAUGGGAAGAAUUGCAAAUUGCAAGAUGAAUCAUGUUUCGAUGCCGAUUAUGGGGACGUUUUUUGGAGUGUUCCUACUCCGUCUUGUGAAGAGUCCGAAUCAGAAAAGAGCCUUGUUUAUGAGGGCCCGGGGACACUAGUCAAGGAUGUCAACGGGAAUACAUCGGUAGAGUAUAUCCAUGUUCACUAUUCCGGGUAUGACUUCCAAGUCCUGUUGAAAUCGAGACAAGAACUUAUCUGCGGAUAUCGGUCUUUUUAUAUAGAGCAAUUAUUAAUGUUCCUAAGCAAGUAAUUAUUUUACCAGAUAAAACUGAGAUUCCACUUCAACAAUAUAAAGUUCAACAAAUUAAUAAGACACAAAUAAGAGACGAACAUUUGAACAAUAAUGAAAAACAAUUGUUGAAAAACUUAAACAGGAAGUAACAAAACAAAUCAAUAAAUUAUUGAAAGAUGGAAUCAUUAGACCUUCACAUUCACCCUACAACUCACCAGUUUGGAUGGUUCCAAAGAAACUAGAUGUUGGAGAUACCCUACAAAGUGACAAUGACAAGAGAAGAAGAUCUAGCUGAGGUAUGAUUUGGAUCACAAAUGGCCUCCUCAAAGAUCGAAUUGACGAGCACACACUAACGAGGCUCAAAGAUAAGUUGGAUUUACAGACAAUUAACAAUUGGGAUGACUUCAAAAAGGAGGUGGAGCGCAUCGCUAAUCAGCUAUGCUGCAAUCUCUCCUCUGAGCAUCCAAAACCUUCAUAUAGCAAGGUUGUAGCGGUAGCGGCCAAUCCGGCUCACAAAAGGUCCAACCCCAAAUCGGAACCCAAGUGAUCCAUGUGUGGAAUUACAGGUCGCAUAAUCUACAAAUGUGAAGUAUUAUUGGAAAAGCCAGUUCCAGAGCGAUUGGAAGUGGUUAAGCAGACACAACACUGCUACAACUGCCUGCAAAACGGCCAUGACAUUAAGGCACGCAAAAACACAGGAAGAUGCAAAGAGUGCAAAGGACGACAUCACACUCUUCUGCAUGUAAUUCGCAGCGAAAGGCCGAGCUCCGCUCCACCUAGCAACAAACAAUCGAAAGAACCAGAAACAGGACCUAGUCAAAACAAAUGACUAGAAUCAGAGAGUAAUUUUGUUUUUCUUGCUACCGCUAUCAUCUGGGUAGCCGGUAGCGGAGGGAAGUGGCACGAGAUGAGGUGUAUCCUCGAUUCUGGUAGCCAAGCAGAAACAAUCACAAAAGAAGCAAAGUGCGCCUCGGAAUAGGCGGAUCUCUGAACGUCGAUAGGAAGAUUUUUACCAGAAUAGGUUCACAGCAUGAAAACAUGUUCAUGGACAUUGAACUUUCAAUCGUCCGGAAGAUAGUAGAUAAUCAGCCGAUCUAUACAAUCCCCAUGAAUGAUUUGGACAUCCCGGCAGACAUUCCCUUAGCAGAUUCAAACUUCAACCUCAGCAAUUAAGUAGACAUACUCCUGUGGUGGAUGCGGCCAACAGAUGGACCCCGGACGACGGAAGUACGCAGAGUAUGCAAACUGGACUAUAAACGUAGGUCAGCAGAGUAGGGCAAGUGCAGGUUUCAUGAUAGCACUAAUUAGCCAAUAAACUCAGUCUGUAUUCAAUCAUGGAAGUGUAAAGUUUAAUUCUUUUUUAAAACUGAUCUCCGACAGCCCAAUACUUAACUGGCGCAAUCAGUAGGAUCGUUUUUUAGUAGUAAACAAAAAUACUUAAUAGUGCGGAAAUCUCACCGGAGGAUUACCGAGGAGGACCCUGCAAGGACACCGAAACGAAUAGAGGAUCCCCGAAAGGACAUCGGGAGCAAAUUGUGAGUAAAAACCUUAUAGACUGAGUAAUGUGAUUAAAAGUGUCAAGGGAUAAAUAUUUUACAAUCAUUUGACGGCAAUCCCGUCAAACUUCACUCGUUCUUGCGCAGUGUGCCUUUUAUUGGCGCUUUGGAAAACACACCAUAUCAUAUUGUGUGGGUCCAAGCAGUUAAAUAUCAAUAGGUACUUGCACCAAUACAGUUGAUAUGAACAGCGCUGAAAUCCAGAGAGGAUUCAGAUUACUGUCAGUUUUUGCAAUCCAUCAAUAUGCUUUCACGGAUUCUUGCCAUCAUCGGGGCCCUAUCAUUGAUCACCCCUGCAUGGUGCCUAACGGCAUUUGACUGCAAUUCGAAGUCUGUCAACUUGACAACACUCUCCCUUGUCACCACCCCGAACUGCGAUAUAUCUCAUAAAAACAUCACUUACGAGCAGGUGAAUCUUGCUGUAACCCAAACUACAGAGCGAUAUGAGUUACCGUUUUUCCGAUGUCACGUUGAGUCCCGCAGCAUCAUGGGGAGGUGUGGAAUGUCUAUCGACACAUUCCACAAUGCAGGCCUCUUCUCAGCGAUUAUCAGGGUCGAUAGGCAUGAAUGUGACACGAUGCACAAGAAAAAGACAUUCCGCAUAGUAAAGGAAGGAGCGCUCAGUGACAUUCAGCUGAGUCAGGAUGGGCAAACGAGAUAUUCCUAUGUAAGCCGGGGAUCUGUAACACCGGAUGGUUCAUGUACUCCUGGUGCGACCCUGGUUAGGAACGGUAGGGAGUACGAUCGCCCACUCAUUAACACUGAGCUCGCCAUUACUAUAUCUUCCGGAGUCUCGAUCGUAUCUCUAGAAGAGAGCCUCAUCAAAUUCCCCAAUGGGAAGAAUUGCAAAUUGCAAGAUGAAUCAUGUUUCGAUGCCGAUUAUGGGGACGUUUUUUGGAGUGUUCCUACUCCGUCUUGUGAAGAGUCCGAAUCAGAAAAGAGCCUUGUUUAUGAGGGCCCGGGGACACUAGUCAAGGAUGUCAACGGGAAUACAUCGGUAGAGUAUAUCCAUGUUCACUAUUCCGGGUAUGACUUCCAAGUCCUGUUGAAAUCGAGACAAGAACUUAUCUGCGGAUAUCGGUCUUUUUAUACAGAGCACCCAAGUCUCUUCGUCACUCUUCUCUCCACUAGCGGGCCCAAAUUUCCGCUCAAAAGGAAGGUUACAGCAGUGGAUGUCAGUCUUUUGAAUUUCGUAAACUCUAAACUUGUUUACUCAUUCAGGAUAACCCAAAACCUUUUGUCGAUCGCUCUUCUGUCCCCCCAGGAGUUUGCCUACACCUAUGGGGGUCCUGGCCACACAGCAGUAGCUAGGGGAGAAGCCAUCUAUCUCGCCCAAUGCAGGCCAGUUGCAGUUAUACCUGACCUAAACGUAACGGGUUGUUACAACGAGCUCCCUGUGGUGUACAACAAUGAAACAAUGUUCAUGACCCCUCGGAGCAGGAUAUUGAUCAAUGUUGGAACCCCCCUUCGGUGCCUCCCUGACUUACUACCUAAAUAUUUUUUGAAUGAAAAUUGGUACGUGAAAACUGACCACGGACUGGGGGAGCGAAAAACGGAAAACAAAAGUGAACGCCGCCGCGCGCGACCAUCAGCAGGAAGAGAUGUGUCGAACGCCGGUGAGUAGCAAGUGAACGAAAACAAAUGUUGCCCGUUUGAAGAAGUUCAAGUGUCUGUGUAGGCCAUUCUGAGAAAAGGCCAUCUCUAAACGUAACAAUAAGUGUGAACCGGGUGGUGUUUUGAAUCGCCUUGAGUUUUUAAUCAAUGGAAAAAUAGUGCAUUUAUCAAUUCAUCAGUGUACGGCGGUGCACUAACCGCGGCCAACAUCAACGUAAGUGGGCGGUGGGGGUCCUCCCAGCCCACUCCAAGUAAGUGACCUAAUAAUGACCAACGAAAAUACGGAUGAACUUGUAGCAUGAUAGACUUGCAUUACAAAGUUAAUAUUCAAAAAACAUAAAUAAUUCAUCUCAAGCAUUAGAACAUGUUCAUGUUCCGAUGUUCAUAAAGAAUAUCAAAUUACAGAACGUUUCCUAGCUCUCACAAAUCCUUAAGAGUGUGAAAAGCAUAAAACAGUAAAACUAAAUUUCACAUCAACUGAAAUGCUGAACCUUCCCACGAUCAUAAAAACCUUACUUCACAAUUCCCAAGCAUUCAUAUCAUGCUAACAUUCAAACCAAAUUAUUGCCAACCUUUUCCAAAUUACAACUCAGGCAAUGACCCAUGUCAUUGUCACUACACUCUGACGCCAACGAUCAUUCCAGACAAUCGAUAUAUGCAAUAGCGUAAUUCGAUCUCCUUGCCUACGCCAAGUGCAUCGUUCUCACGAUGCAAGAGGCCAAUGGUUAUAUUUCUUUUCGCUUAUAAUGCAUAGUGCUAAAUUCUGAUUGGCUUAUAUUUACAUACCAAAAGUUAACUCCAAGUACCGCCUCUUUUAGAACACUUUUAGAACAUAAGCAAUUCAAUGAUUGUAAGACUUCUUGUAAGUAAAAAUGAUUCUAAAUAAAGAUAAUCUUGUAGACAACGGAACAAUCAACAAGUCUAAAAUUUAAUACGGUAAAAUUUAAUACGGUAAAUGGCGACCGGUGACUUUCGAAUCUUUCGGAGUCCGAAGUGGAUUAUUAUUGAUCACCAACUAGAUGAUCUAGUGAUUGAUUUUGCAUGAAGCAAACAAGUGAAAAAACAAAACAAAAAUCGGAAGUUUUUCAAACAGUGCUAGUGAGAUUCAAGUGAUAAGUGAGAUUCAAUUAUGGGAAAAGGCGCAUCAAAGUCGUCCAACGAAGGCGACGCAAAUGUUCAAAUAACUAAUCUCCUAGAAAACCAUCAACAGUUCCAUGAGGAAAAUGCAUUAAAGUUGUGGCUAAUUUUGGUGAUGGUUGGUAUCCAAACAGUGAUAAUGGUUUACAACAUGAUAAAGAAGAACACUCGAAAAAAUGCACUCAAAGCAGCUAAGAGUAUUGCUGUACUGGAAAAAGUUUGAGUAAGAAAUCAAGUGCAGUGAAUAAAAAUAAACAUUUUAAAUCAUU